AUGGCGCCAAUCCGACGAUACCUCAAGAUCUCCAAGUACUCGGUGCUUGAGUGCCGGAUCUAUCUCGACAAUCCUGCUUUGGCACACUCCUGGCUGCUCAACCCGCGCAACCCGAUCUUGCCCAGGGUUAUUGCCAGUGUACGACCCUUGGUACUCCCCAAGCUCCGUGAAGAACGGGAGCGCAGCCGCAAGAAGAGCACCAAAAAGCGUGGCAUCAAGGAUAUCGUGGUCGAGGACGAUUUCGAGGUGUCCAUUUUCUUGACCGAGACAAGCACCCGCCACUCGCUGCUCUACAAACACAAGCACUUCCGCGACAAGACACAGACAAAGCUGACAUCAAACUCGACCAAGCUCACGGGUGCGUCCCGAGAACUACCCAUCAAUGUCGAGGAACCGGCCGAAGAUGCCGAACAGGUGACAGUAGUGCGCGAGGAGGGGGACGAUGACGCGGUGGCUCUCUUUGACAUCCCGACUAUGGACGAAGGUGAAACAAUAACAGCACCCGUCGGCUCGCCACCAUUAAUGCGACCAUCGAAACGCCGCCGCGGGAGGGGCGCAGGGCUACCCAGGGACGACGACGACGACGACGACGACGACGGCGCCGAACACGAUGCCGGAUUACUGAUUUCGGACGAAGAGGAGGGCGACGACAACCUGUUCGUAGACGAUGAAAACUCAGACGGCUCGGCAACGGCACCGCCUCCGGCCAAGCGUCGCAAGGACGACGCUAGCCCUGCCCAACACGAAGCUCUACGGGACGACAAGAAGAAGCUAGCAAUGGACAUAUCGUACGAGGGGUUUUCAAUCUACGGCCGUGUUCUCUGCCUCGUGGUAAAGAGGCGCGAUGGUCCCAGCGCCGGAAGGAAUGCGCCAGCCAAGGCCGGGCGUAGGAGCGGGCAAUCGGCCGCACCCGGCGGUGGACAGGCUGUGAUGGAGAAUUGGAUCACGUCGACGCAGAUGCCCGAGGUGGCCCCAGAUGAAAUUCCAGGGGCGUCUUGA